AUGCCACCGUCAGACCCCGGCACACAGAGCAGCUCAAAUGCAGGGAGGAUGCAGACAACGAAUGUUGUGAGCAGUGUGGGAAAAAAAACAUGGGUGCAGUUGAGCAGCAGAAGGAGUGGGGAUCCCCCACGACAAGCCCCUCCACCACCACAACAACCUCCUCUACCACGACAACAGCAACCACCACGACAAACCCCUCCACCACCACAACAACCUCCUCCACUACGACAACUUCAUCCACCACAACCACUUCCUCCUCCUCCCACAUCUCCACAUGUUGUCCACCUGAGACUGUCGGAGGCGGCGGAUGUUUCUGUGGGCACCGAUGCGGAUGUGGGGUAUUCCGCUGAAGUGCCCUCAGUGCAGCAACAAGAUGCACCACUCGGGAUCUACCCGAAGGUACGGGAAGUCAUCGACCUUGACUCCAGGUACUACUUGGUUGGUGGGGACUAUCCUCGGUGCAGUAAGUGCAUGAUCCCUGUCUGUCCUUGGAGUACAGAUUUGUUGAGUCAGUUGGAUCCUGCCCACAGAAACAGGUUCCCUGCUGUUCUCACCACACAGCUGGCUCUGGACAGGAAGUGUGUGACCAUGCUCAAACCACGAACUGCAGGAAACAGCUCCAGUUACCUGCAACAAGCAAUGGAGGAAGUUCACAGCGAGGAGUGGGCAAGGCGCUCCAUUGAAUACCUGUCUGACUGUGAGCUUCACAAAAAGAGGAGUACCAUGACCCAAUGUGAGGAAUCAGUCUAUCAGCGGCCACCACCCUUUUGCCCCCUACCUCUCUCACAGUGGUUUGAGACGGUCCAUGGCAACGAGAUCCUGGGUCAUCUGGAUGAGAUGAAAGGUGUCAUCACUUCGACAUAUGGCAGGAUCUUAAAGCUUGACUCCACAAAAAAGAUCACAAAGAAACUCGCUGGUGGCAUUGCGGACACAGCUACAUGGAUGACAAACGUCAGUAACGAAUGUGGUGAGGUACUGAACUGUGUCCUAACCACUGGUGAGGGAGCUGGUCUAGAGGACUUGUGUCAAGGCAUCGUCAAACGCUACCAGGACGGUGGUGAGCCAGAGCCAGAUGUCAUAUAUGUUGACCGAGGUUGCUGCAGCGAGACAGGUGCACCCCCGGUUCUUGUGUGGUUUCGACCGUGGAAGACCAAAGUGAAACUAGACAUUUUCCAUUUCAUGCGGCGCUUCACCACUGGUCUCACAACAGAACACCAUCCUCUCUAUGGCACUUUCUGCUCCAAGUUGUCCAGCUGUAUUUUCGAGUGGGACCAGGAUGACAUUGGUAAUCUGAAGGAAGCUAAAAGGUCUGAGCUUAAGAAGAAGCAUGCUGGUCAUGCUCCUUCAGAAGCUCAAGUUCUGGCCAGCAUCAGCUCACGUGAACUGGCCAGACAUUGCAGAAGGAGAACUCGUGGGGUAGAGGAGAGCCGCAGCCUAAUCCAAGGCCUUUUGAACUCCAUGUGGGAUUUAACGGACACCUCAGGUUUACCCUUGAUUAACCCUGAGAGCAUGGCACGUGUGUGGGAGGUGCAACAGAAGCACUUGCCAUGCAUUCAGGAUCCCCCAGGACUCGAGCUGUAUACAAAACUCUCAGGGUUAGUCAAGGGUAACAAGGUCUUGGAUGUGUUGAGGUGUGGCAGAGGGUCGUCUUCGGUGGAAAGCUUCCAUCGCCACCAGUGCACUUUAUCCCAGUCAUAA